AGGCCGAUGCGUAAGAAGAGAAUAGAAGGAAAGUUCUUCCCCAUAUGAUCCUUCCGUCUUUAGACAACGGUCUCUCUUUCUCUCUCUUCCUUCAAAACAGACUAUCCACUCAUUUCGUGCAGCUUCCAGCAGAGAUUGCAUGACCCAUUUCAUUUUUAUUUUUUUUUCCUCUCCUGCAGUAGGUCUUUCUCUCUCUAAAGUGAUUUUCCUUCUUUUAUUCUACUGCUAUUGGGGCUUCUUUCUCUCUCUUCAUUGCUGUGGAUGGUGGGGUUUUGUUCUUUUCUUGCAUUCCUUUCUUGAUUCUGCAUCUUUACAUUUCUUUAUCAGAUUCCCACCUUUUUUUUUUCUCUCACAUGCAUGUUCCUGGUUUUGUCUAGUCUGGAUUAAACCACAAGGAUCCGUUGUUUUAUCUGCUUUUGAAAGAGGGAAGGGGGGAGAGGCGGGACCUUUGAGCCUUUUGGUGGAUGUGUUUCUCCAUUUACUUUUUGGGUGAAAUUGGAUCUUGUGGUGACAGGAGGUGAGAUUUCAGACCUGGGUUUUCCUUUUCGGUGGGAGAUUUGAACUGGGUCUCAUUCUUUUCGUAUUUCGGGAUUGGAUUGGGAGAUGGUUAUGGACGCAUUUGAAUUGGGUUGGGUUUUUCCGUUAUCUCUGAUCUGUUUGGGGGGAAGAGGUUGUGAAUUGGGCUUGAUUUAUCUGUUCUUGUAAAGAUUAAUUUGGUGGAGUUAUGCUUUCUAAGGUGGUUUUGAGUUGGGUCUGAUUGUACCUGUCGAGAAUUGAGAGGUGCGUGUUGUUUGUGCGGGUAAUUGUGAAUUGGGUCUGAUUGCAUUUGCCAUUCUAGAUUGAUUUUGAUCUCCUGAGUCCUGAGGGAUGGCAGGAAUCGACAUCUCCAAAUAUGGUCACAGCCCUGUUCAUAAGGCCAUAGCAAUGAAGGAUUAUGCCUCUCUCAAGCGCAUACUUUCCAAUCUCCCACGGCCCUGCAAUCCAGAUGAGAUUUGCACUGAGGCAGCUUCAUUGGCUGAGGAGGAGAAGGCAGACUUGAUCUCUGCCGUGAUUGACCGCCGGGAUGUCCCCAACCGGGAGACACCGCUUCAUCUUGCCGUCAAGCUUGGGGAUGCGACUGCCACCGAGAUGCUGAUGGUUGCGGGUGCAGACUGGAGCUUGCAGAAUGAUCAGGGCUGGAGCUCUCUCCAAGAAGCGAUUUGCAUGAGGGAGGAAGGGAUCGCGAUGAUUAUAGUCAGGCAUUACCAGCUGCUGGCAUGGGCAAAAUGGUGCCGGAGGCUGCCUCGUCUGAUUGGGACAAUGAAGAGGAUGAGGGACUUCUAUAUGGAGAUCACGUUCCAUUUCGAGAGCUCUGUAAUUCCUUUCAUAUCACGGAUUGCGCCAUCGGACACAUACAAGAUUUGGAAGAGGGGGUCGAAUUUGAGGGCAGAUAUGACGUUGGCUGGUUUCGAUGGUUUCAGGAUUCAGCGAUCAGAUCAGAGUGUUUUGUUUCUCGGGGACGGAUCGGAAGACAGGAGGGUCCCACCUGGGUCCCUGUGCAUGAUUUCGCAUAAGGAUAAGGAGGUGAUGAAUGCAUUGGACGGUGCUGGUUCUCAGGCAACUGAAAGCGAGAUUCAACAGGAAGUUGCUGCGAUGUCUCAGACUAAUAUUUUCAGGCCUGGGAUCGAUGUAACUCAGGCGGUGCUCUUGCCACAGUUAACAUGGAGAAGGCAGGAGAGGACAGAUAUGGUCGGCCCGUGGAAAGCCAAGGUGUAUGAUAUGCACCAUGUGGUUGUGAGCGUCAAGUCCAGGCGGGUCCCUGGAGCUAUGACGGAUGACGAGUUCUUCUCAUCUUGCAAUGAGAAUGACACCGGGAGUGAGGAGUACGAGGACCUCUUGACGGAGGAUGAGAAGAGGCAAUUGGAGGUUGCGCUUAAAAUGGAUUCUUCGGAGAUUACUGAUGACGGUCUAUCCGAUGUUUUAAUUGCUCACCGGCACAGUUGCUAUGAGCCAAGGGAUAUCCCUAUUGAAGACUUGCAUAGUUGCAGCAAUGGCAUGGCCAAGCAGGAGAAGAAGGGGUGGUUCAGCAGCUGGGGAAAGAGGGGUUCCAAAUAUGAGGGAUCGAAGAAGAUCGCUCCGCCAAGAAGCUCGCUUUGCAUUGACGAGAAGGUAAGCAAUCUCCUUGGUGAAUCUCCAUCUAGGUUCCAGAGCAAACCAGGAAGGCAUUCUGUAGAGAGUCCUGUGAUUGGGGAGGAUCAUCGGAGGGGAAGGGACAGAGAUUCAAAAAGAUCUGCUGUGAGUUCCGAAAGUGGACAUCGACGCAGGGACACUGGCUCUGACAGCGAGUACAGGAAAGGAUUGAGGCCUAUCCUCUGGCUUUCUCCAAACUUCCCGCUCCAUACUGAUGAACUCCUCCCAAUGCUUGAUAUACUUGCCAACAAGGUUAAGGCAAUCCGUCGUUUGAGAGAACUUCUUACCACAAAGCUUCCUCCAGGAACGUUUCCAGUCAAGGGUAGGACGUAAAGCUGCAAAUGUUUCUAUGAAUGUUGAUGUUAUGAACUAAACGCAAUGAAAUUAGUUGGGAUCGUCUCGGCUUAACAUGUUGCUGAGGGAAGAAGUUGGCAGUCAAGAUUCAUUUUAUUUGAUCUACAAUCGAUUUGAUGAUAUCCAUGCCAAAUGUAGGGAGGAUUUAGGGAGGGAGCAAAUUACUACUUAGGAAAAACAACCUCUGGAGAAACUGCUCAGGAAAACCGCCUCUGGAGAAACUGCUUAGGAAAACCCACCUCUGGAGAAACUGCAUCACCAUAGCAGAAUUACUAUGUUUUCAAAAGAAAAAAAGAAAACAAAUCUCUUUCUUCAACUUCUAGAUUGUUCUUAGCAUGUUAAGAUUAAACAGUUGGAAAUUGCUGCUGUGACGGAAUAUAUGAUCAGACAUAACCUUGAGGUCUUCACUAUCUAUUUAGAGCAUGUUUGGAUUACAGAUUACAACCAAAAUGUAAUGUAAAAGUAUCAUCAUUAGAGUUUUCUGAUGUUUGUUUAUCCACGUAAUUCGGCAUGUAAUUAGGUAGUCAAAUGCAGAUGUAAUAUAAGACAGGAAAAAGAAUUUGUAAUAAUUACAAUUUUACAUCAUAUUGAGGUGGAAAUCCCCUAUCCAACCACACAACAGUAUAUUUUACCUGUUGAUUUGACAUUUUUUCUUGUUGUGACAUUACUGUAAUGUAAAAGUAUCAUCAUUAUAAGUUUACCAUGCCUAUCCAAACACAAGAAAUGACAGUCAAAUUACCCGGUUUCCAUCUGACAGGUAUUGUAAUUUGUAAUCAUUACAUUUUUACAUUACAUUACGGAUAUAAUCCGUAAUCCAAACACACCCUCUUAUGAGGUUUGCUAGAUAACAAACUGUUGUCUGUAGCAUCUGCAUGCAUUCAUUACCUCAUUUAUUUUCUCUUAGCGUGACGUGUUUUAUUUUAAUCAAGUCUAGAUACGGUUGUUUCUUUUGUGGGUAGAUAAGUAUGCGGUUUGAGCAUUUUGCCCAAAGUUAUUAUCUGAAUAGAAGUUUGCCUUUUUAAAAAAGUUAUAACCUCGGACGUUACCUUUAUCAAUAUUCUCUUCUUCUUCUUUUUUUCCUUUUUCUUUUUUAUUGGUAGUGCCAGCGCUCUUUUUUAAAAAAAUGGUAGUGCCAGCUAGGUUUGAACUUGUGAUCUGAAUGUUUCAACCUGUUAGAGUUCACAGCCAUGUGUGUGUGUGUGUACAGAGCACCAUACUGAUGAAGUUACACAGCCCUGUGUGUACAAUAACAGAUGUAUAUCCUUUUUGUUAUCUUUUGGUUUCUUUUUUGACAUGAUAUAUUUUAAUUGUAGUUAUCUUGUUAUCACAUGGUUAUAAUACAGCUAUUAAGGAAGAGAGGUAAGCAACUCUCAUCAUCUCAUGCCUCAGUUCUCUCUCCCUUUCUUGUUGAUUCCUCUAGUCACACCCACACAACCCUUUGCUCUAAUCACUAAGCAUUUUCACAUUUUGCAUGUGUUUACCUGUUAGUAACAUACAUCGUUACUAUCGACUAAGUUCUGCCGACCUUCUUUUUAGGACAUGUUCCUCACUAGUUUAGAACAUGCGAUUGUGUUCAUUUGUUAAUUGCAUUCCUUGCUACUACCUAGUAGGUUCUUUCUCACCUUCAUUUCAGGAAAUGAUCCACAUCAAUUGUGAAAUGCUACAUCUCUCAGGAAAAAGAAAAAGAAAAGGAAAAAAAAUAAAAAAAUCAAUUAAGGAACAUUGAGCAUACGUUCUUGAUGUGAGCAUUUAUUCCAUCCUCAAUGAAGGCUUUAUUUUUGCAUGAAUUAUGGUGGAUAUGUUAGGAAUUUAGAACUUUUGUAUAAUGGUCAAAGUAGCUUUUGAUUGUUCUUCCCAUCACCUUAGAUGGGUCCUUGAUGGCUGAUUAGUUGUGGAAGACAAGAGUCCUUUUGCAUGUUUGCUUUGCGUUAUCUGCAUGGGAGGCAUUGAUUUAGUUCCUGUGAUAUCGUUGAGUGUGCUAGUGGAAACGCUUAGCAUAGGAGGGGUAGGGUUGUUAAUUAUGUGUCCUUGAGGGUAAGAAAUUGCACCUUUUUUUUUAAAGAGAUAUUUUCCAGAUAAAUUCCUAUCCUUUAGUGCAUCUUCCAAAAAACCACAUACUUCUAAUGUAUUUCCAAAUAAUCGCCUAUUUUUGAGAAAUCUAUAUGUAUAGAAUACCAUAUUUUCUAGGGGACCAAAAAUCCCAUAGUUAAAAAGCCUUUAAUUAACCCGCCUACCCAGCUAUGUGGGGCCCGCAAUGAUGUCGUUGUGACAUCCACUCUAUCCAUUAGUUUUGCUAGAUCAUGGUAGGACGUGAGCCUCAAAACUAGGUUGAUCCAAAACUCAGGUGGAUCACACUAUAGGAAACAGUGGGGGAUGGAAAUGCUCACCGUUGAAACCUUUAUGGGACGACCCGUCAUCAUAUUUAUGUUCCAUCCAACCCAUUCAUAAGAUGUUGCCCAUAAGGAUGAAGGAAAAACACAAAUAUCAGCCUCAUCUGAAACUUCUGUGGGCCCCGAUAAAGUUUUAAUGGUGGGUGUUCAAUCCUCACUGUUUCCUGUGGUGUGACCCACAUGAUUUUGAAUAUGUCUAGUUUAUUUAUUUAUUUAUUUUAU